AUGAUGGCCACUGCUGACUUGCUCGAGCUGGUCCAGGAAGUCAUCGCAUCCAUAAAACCUGACAGUGAUCGCGAUUAUAUGGCAGAGCUACGAUUCUUCUUCCCAGAUACUCUCUUACUCUCGGCCUUAGAUCUGAUUGACAGAGAAAGCGUCUUAAAGUAUGUUACGCCUUGGGGGAGUUCUCGCUACGAAGUUAUUGGUUCUACUGCGAUGUAUUCCGUGUUUCCUGGACUUCGCACCUCGAAAUCACGCUUGCAAGUGUACUGCACAUGUCCGGCAUACUCCUACUCUGUACUAAUCUCGGAGUCGCACCUCAUGUGCAAGCAUGUCCUAGCAAUUCUGCUAGCCGAGCGGCUGUCAAAAUGUAUAGAGCGUCCUGUUAGUCAGGACGACCUCGCAUCCAUUGUUGUUCGACAGUGCUCCUAG